AUGGGGGUGUUGAUGUCCAAGCGGCAGACAGUGGAGCAGGUGCAGAAGGUGAGCCUGGCUGUGUCUGCCUUCAAGGAUGGGCUGCGAGACAGGUCUUCUAUCCGACACACAGGUGAGCUUCCAGGGUCCCGCUGUGGCACUGUAGAGGGCUCCGUCCAGGAGGUACAGGAGGAGAAAGAAGCAGAGGCAAGCACCCCAGUGCUCCAAGAAGAGAGCAGUGUCAACCGUGCUGCCUGGGAGAGGCUCCGAGAUGGGCGUGGAGUGGAGCCUGAGGAGUUUGACAGGACCAGUCGUUUCACACCCCCUGCCUUCAUCCGCCCCACCCGGAAGCUGGAUGAUGACAAGCCUCCAGAGAUCCACUUGGAGCCCAGAGAGCCUGUUGUCAACGAUGAGAUGUGUGAUGUCUGUGAGGUCUGGACGGCCGAGAGCCUCUUCCCAUGCAGGGUCUGCACCAGGGUUUUCCACGAUGGCUGCCUGCGCCGCAUGGGCUACAUCCAGGGAGACAGUGCAGCAGAGGUGACCGAGAUGGCCCACACGGAAACAGGCUGGAGCUGCCACUACUGUGACAACCUCAACUUGCUGCUAACUGACGAGGAAAUGUAUAGCCUCACAGAGACCUUUCAGCAGUGUAAAGUCAUCCCUGAUUGCUCCCUGACCCUGGAGGACUUUCUGCGCUAUCACCACCAAGCAGCGAAGCGGGGGGACAGUGACCGGGCUCUGAGCGAGGAGCAAGAGGAGCAGGCAGCCCGCCAGUUUGCAGCCCUGGACCCUGAACAUCGAGGACACAUAGAGUGGCCUGACUUCUUGUCCCAUGAGUCCCUCCUACUUCUGCAGCAGUUGCGUCCCCAGAACUCUCUGUUAAGGCUUCUGACAGUCAAGGAGCGGGAGCGAGCCCGAGCCACCUUCCUAGCACGCAGCAGCGGGGGCACUGUCAGUGAGGCUGAGUGCCGCCGCGCCCAGCACUCUUGGUUCUGCAAACGCCUUGCAGAGGCUCCUUCCUGCAGUGUCAGCAUCAGUCAUGUGGGUCCCAUAGCAGACAGCAGCCCAACCAGGAGCAGCAGCAAGAGUCAGGACAAGGUCCUCCUGCCCACAGACCAUGAGUCCAGAUUUGUGGACUGGCCUACCUUUCUGCAGGAGAAUGUCGUCUACAUCUUGGCUGCUCGCCCCAACAGCGCAGCCAUUCAUCUGAAACCCCCAGGAUAGCAUGGAGCAAGAAGCUCAGUUUGGGGACAGUGGCGUUCUCUCCCUCCUUUCCUUUCCCCCUUUCCCUGACCACCUUCUGGUACUGAAACUUAAGGGGAUGGAGCACUGCCUGCAUCUCAGUUUGUCACUAAGCUUUAUGGCACUGAAAUCACCAUUCCACUCACAACAGAGGUAGUAAAUGCACUGCCACAGGGAGAAGCCCUGCUGAGUGCUGUGGCAGCAUCCACUUCCUGGACCACCCCACUGCCCUCGCAUCACAGACUGAACCUGCCACUGUACACAUAUAUGCGUGCACGCACACGUACACACAUGCCUAACUGUCCAUACCUUCAGUGGCCUGGUUCUUUUUGGUUGAAAAAGGACCACAGUUCCUUUGUGAAGCCCCUGGUAUAAAUAAGGGGUCUCUACUUACCCCUUUUAUUAGCCAGUUCUGAUUUCUAAUAGAUAAGUCUCUGGCCAGGUGAUUCUUAAGGGGGCAUGUCAGACUCACAUGUUCUCAUCUACUGAAAACCCCUCCUGUGGUGAGCUGCUGUUCUGGUGGGUGUAUGCUGUGUCCUUAGCUCUGUUGGGGUGGGAAAAUGGUUGAAAACUACCAGCGCACUUCAGUCCUUUUUUUUUAAAAGAUUGGCACCUGAGCUAACAACUAUUGCCAAUCUUUUUUUUUUCCUGAGGGACGCCAUCAGUGUGGCCUGAUGAGCAGUGCCAUGUCCACACCCAGGACCUGAACCGGCGAAGCCCUGGGCUGCCGAAGCAGAGCGUGCAAACUUAACCACUUGGCCAUGGGGCCGGCCCCACAGUCCAUUACUUAAAUUGCAAUUCCUGGUGACAGAGAAGGCAACUAGUCUGUGGAGUCCUAAUCAGAACAGGGAGAGGCAGCCUCCCCCAGGGACCCAGCAUUCUAGGAACCUCUCAGCCAGGUUAUUUAACUCCAGAUGUCUUUAGCAGAACAGUCACAAACCAAGGUGAGCCAUCCUGGCCCCUGUUUUUCAGAUGGGAGUUCAUGGCCCAGAGCCCAGGGGGCCUGAAUGGAACAAGUAUGACAGGAGCCACAGCCCUCUGUGUUAGAUGCUUCACCUAAGUCAGCUACCACAGAGACCCCAAGCCUGAGCUCCAACAAGGACAAGGUCUGGAUGGAAGAGGGGAGGAGACAGCUCAUGUUUUUCCAUCCUUCCAGCUCAAGUCAACCACAGCCAGAAAAGUGUGCUGUUGUAUGGAGAGCAGAGCCAGCCUCUUCCACGGCCCAAGAAAGAGCAGCUCCACAGAAGCCCUGAGCAGGGACUCCUUUCAGCCACCCUGACAAUGAGGAUAAGAGGCUGGAGCUAAGAAGAGGCUUUGCAUCUCUCUUGAGCAGAGAAAGUCUCAGCAAAACCUCAGGGAAGGAGGAGGCUUUCCCUUCUCCCUGUCACUGAGAUAUGGCCUGAGUUGCUGCUGCUCUCCACUGCUCACUACAUGUCCUUCCCCACCAGCCUAGGGCCUGGGCCUGGCAUGAGAGGACUUAGGGGGCAGGCAGAGGCCACCAAGCCAGACCUCCAAGCCCCAGCUGUCCUUCCUAAGUUCUCAUCAAGUUCUCAAGUCAGUGCAUGUUGUGGGCCAGCCCUGGCCCUGGGGGUCAGGUUUCUGUUUCCAACCUGAUGACUUAGGUUUAGCCAGAUCUGACUGCCAAGAGUUAUUUGACAGGGUUGGCUCAGUCACGCAGAAGCUAACAUAUCCCUAUUGCCCAAGGCACUUGUACUAAAUUGGAUGCUUGCAGAAGCAGCAGCAUAGUGCUCAGUGUUGAGAUGCUCAGAGGAAAGAGGGCAGCUGCUACCAGGGGCAUGGUAAAAGCACUAUAUGGUCUCAUCCUGCAGAAACUGCCCAACCUAGAAACAGAGUGAGAAGCUUCUGGGGUUGGAUUAUUUAGGACUGAAAUGAAGCAGACAAGGUGAAUCUGGGUUCAUGUAUAUGGCCCUGAACAUUUCAAAACCCACAGCUUUUUGUAAAUACUACUUGGCUGUACUCCCAAGACUGAUCAGUAGACCAGGCCAUUAUUCAGUCCAACCAAAAAAAAAAAAGGAGAAAGCACGUGGCUCAGGCCCAAGGACUGUGUCUGAGGCAGCGGGGCCUGGGACUGUGCGCUGAGAAGAUUAAAGCACAGUAGCACAGGGGCUGUUGCCUACUCUCCUGGCAAAUCGCCUUCUAUGCCCAUGGCCUUGGGCUGUUUGAUCUCAUAAACUGGGCAUUUUCAGUAGAGACAAGCUCUGUACUUUGACAGCUGAACAUCUUUUUUUCUCCUGCGUUGUCAUUAGUCACAGGGACUGGGAGUUCACCUUAUUCCCUGAUCCUUCACAGAUCAAGGUGAUGCCUACCUCUCUGGAGCUGCAGCUUCUAGCUUUCUGUGAGUAAGAGAAAGACCAUGAGCCAGGUCAGGCCAGCUAUAUCCCAGGGCCUGGCAAAGCAGGCCCCAGAGUUCUUCCACAACAGGAUCAGGCCUACUUGGGAUUACCCCUCUCCCUAUUCCACGACAGCAAGCUUCCUUGGUUGGGGCGUGCUUCAGAGGGCCCAGGGGACACUGCUCCCAGGAAAGGGUAGCAUUCCCAGUCCACCAGAGUUCUAGGAAGCAGAAAAGCACAGCGAAGCAACCAGCCUCUUCUCUGUAGGCAUCUAGCUUUUUACCAAAGGAGAGUCUCCAUUGUUCCACCAGUCAAGAGUUACAGAAGCCCCUCCCCAGCCCCUUGUCCAGGCUUUUCCUUUGCAGUGUCCUCAUUCCUGGAGCCCCUUUGCAGUAUGUGUGGAGACAUUCAAACUUUUAUAAACCUACUGAAGCCUGUUCCCUUUCUUUCUCAAGCUCUUCCAUCACUGUGACUGUCUGAAAUUAUGCCAAGUGCAAAAAUUAGUGUCUGGCUCUGAUAAGGAUAUGAGAAAACGUUUCAGUCUUUUUUUCUUGGCUGCCCAAAAUUGAGAUCAAUGCUUUUCCCCAGUACUACCCACCCCACCUCCCAGCCAAGGGAGGCUGGAGUUACAUAUGUGCUUCUCUGAAGACCACAUGCCCUAAGCCUGUUUUUCACCCAGCAGUCCCCUUCCCUAUGCUCAGAUUUAAAGACAGGGCAUCUGGAUGACACAGUGGAGCUGCAGAGACGGAGGGUCAGCUGAGGCAGCGGCUAUGGCCGUGUAACUUCUGCAGGUCUGCUGCAUGACUUCCUCUCCCACAACCAGCCUUCCCCAACAGAUGCAGGCUCUGCACUUUUGAGCACUCGCCCCUUUGGAUCCCAGUGAUGGAGUGGUUCCCUUGUGCCUAGGUAUUGACCUAUUCUCAAGUGCUCCUCUUCCUUUGAGGACAGCCAUGGCCGAAGCCAUGAGCACAAUGCUUCUUCCUGCCCUCAGCCCGAGUAACUGGGGCUGCAGGACAGACACUGGCCUUUCUUGCCCUGGUGCUCUCUAGGGAAUGUCACCCUGGCCUUUUCGAGUGGCUACAUCUGGGGCUCCCCUCAUUCCUAUCCAAUAUGGGAAGUGCAAAAUCAAACUGCCUGGGAAGAGGGCCCCUCACUGGGGGGUGAGCCCAGGAUUGUGCAUAGGCCUCUUAGCCCAAAGCACAACCUCAACCGUUGACUGUUGCAGGUCUCAUGGCUUCAGUAAGAGUAGUGCCAGAAAGCCCUAAAGCCAAGAGGGAAGCUGGGCAGAAGCUGUCUGACAGGGCCCCAGGGCAGCCAGGACCACCAGAGAGUCCAAAGUAACCUCCAGGCAGGAUUGGUAGCAGGCUGUAGUGAUCCUCCAAACCAGCAGAGUAAAGGCAGAUGUAUACUUGGCACUAAAAGGCAGAAUGACCUUAAUGCCAGAAUUUCAGGACAUCCUGGCAGCAACUGUAACCAUAACCCCUUUUAUUCCUCUAUUUACAGUGGAAUAAAAUUGCUACUUUCUCCAUGCCACUUAGUUAGAAUUUGCCCAGGAUGUCUCUCUGGGGCCCUGGUUGCAGCCCAGACAACAGAGAUCUUCUUGAGCGGAGAAUGUUAAUGCUUGAUGCCCAUUCCCAACAGCUCAGUCCUGGAGUUGCAUAGAACUGGACAGUUUCCCUGCUGUUGCUUUCCUGCUACCACUGCUUUUGACAAACUUGAAAGAAACAGGUUAUGGAAUUUCCACUAGACCCAACUAGCAUCAAGGAAAACCUUCCCUCUUGGCCACAUGCCCCAGUGAUCCAAGUUACAGAGAAGGUGUCAGAUCUGGUCUGGGCCAGCGCCUAGAAACCCAAUUACAUUCCAGUUUGAAUAGCAUGGGUUGGCAUGACCACAGAUAAGAGCAUCAGGGUAUAAGUAGCAAGGCCUUUCCAUAUCCAUGGUAAACAAAGACCUCCAAGCUUAGCCUCCUUUAACAGACGGCCUAAGAUCUGUCUCCUAGCCCAAAACAGGUUUGGGGGAAGCCUGAGAGCACUCAAGUAACAGUAGAGGGUCCAGUGCCGUCUAGUCCCUCCUGCCCUUCCUAUGUGCUUUUCUGCAGAAGGUAACUUGACAGUAAGCUGAGGGGAACAUCCCCAAGCCCUGUCUUCCCAUCACUACAGCUGCAUGUUCCUCCCCGUGGCUCAGCCUUCACUCCAGAAGGCGCUGGGUACAGUGGAAAUCAUAAUAAACAGAUUGUGAUGUUACUUCAA